CAGAAUUGUCAAUUGACAUAAGUGGGCGAGUUUUUGUCAUCGUUUUUGUUUUGCUAUACGUUUUUUAUCAUUUGUAAAUUCAGUACCUAUAAAAUUACUAGUUUUUACAUCAAUUUUAAGUUAUGAAAUUUGAUAACACCUUGAACAAUGCAUUUUUCAAUUCCUGACUUGCAACAAUUCCGAGACGACAAUGGACUUACUUAUACGGGCUAUAAUAUUCACAUUGAUGGAUUCUUUCAUUGUACGGCGCGUUUUAAACAAUUACUAAGUCUUCAUGAACAACUACAAGCACAAUAUCCAUACUUUAAAUUGCCACAGUUUCCACCGAAAAAGCUUUUUCUAACCAGUUCACAAUUGGAAGAAAGAAGAAUACUCUUAGAAAAAUAUGUCCAACUUGUUGGUCAGAAUCCUAUUUUGGCAAAUUCUGGAAUUUUGAUGACAUUUCUGUUAUCAGCUCAACAAGAAACUCACAAUGUCAAAGUUCAUGUGGUUGAUAUAGAAAUAUCUCUAAUGAAUGGCUACAGAAUACCAUUGUCAGUAUCAUCAACAGAUACAUCAAGUACUGUUUUAGAUAUAGCAUGUAAUUAUGUCAAUUUGCAUAAGGAUUUGACAAAAUAUUUUUCCUUGUACCUUUUCAAUUGGAGUUGUGCAAAAGAUGGACAGCCAAGUUUGAAGAAACUUGAAGAUUUUGAAUCUCCAUAUAUAUCGCAAAAGUAUGUAAGGCCUGAGGAUAAAAUUGUUUUAAGGAAAAGUUACUGGGAUCCAUGCUAUGAUUUGGAUCUUAUGCAAGACAGGGUUUCAAUAGACUUACUAUAUCUUCAAAUAAUAGAAGAUAUUGACUUGGGGUGGAUAACAGCUGACUCUGACACCAGAGACAUACUAUCAUCUCAUGAAGCAAAGAAACAGAAGAGAGAGUACAUAGAAUUAGCGAGAAGUUUGAGGCAUUAUGGCCGAAUACCUGCAGGAGAAGCGUCCACCGAAGCCGUUAAUAUUGGAGAAAUGGGAGGGGCAAUAAUCAGAGUGAGAGUGUCGUUAGCUGCAAAAGAAUUGACUCUCACCAGUGUGACGCAUCCCAAUCAUGAACAGAGGUAUAAAGUUACUAGAAUGAGGUGUUGGAGGAUCACUACAUUGCAUGCUAUGGAUGGACAAUUAAAUGGUCAUGGCUCAUUAUUGGAAGAACCUGCAAAAAAUUUCGAACUUUCGUUUGAAUAUCUCCUUAGCAAAGACAACCUUGUUUGGGUGACAUUGAAAACUGAAAAUGCAAUAUUUAUCAGUGUUUGUUUGCAGUCUAUAGUGGACGAACUAAUGCGGCAAAAGAGUGGUUCCGGGCCCACAUCUCCUCGCUGCAAACGCGCCAGCCUCACGUACAUGCGACGAGACGGUUCCAGCCAACUAAUCACACCAUCUUCAUCCAGCGAUACACUCAGUUCUGUUAAUGGUGACUCUUGCACAUCAGGAAGCUCCAGGGAAAUAUUCUCCGUUCAAAAAUUAACAGAAAAGUUUGCAUCAGUUGCAUUCAAAACAGGUAGAGACUGCGUUGAGAACAAUGCUUUUGAAGCAAUCGGUGAUGAAGAACUUUAAAGUUUGUAAGCAGAUCAUCCAAAGACUAUAAUUUUUAUAUAUCUUGGCAAUGUAUAAAUAAUGUACCUAAUGUAUCUCAAAUAAACAUAGUUCCAAAAUUUUUAAAUUUGUACAGAUAGUGUUUUUAUAAGAUAUAGUUAGACGGAAUUUGUAUUGAAAAAAUGGCUAUGUAUUGUUUAUGUUUCAUCCGGCCAUUUACUUGCCAUAUUAAAAUACUUUAUCACGAAUUUAUUGAUACGGUUUAUAAAUUUAGAUAUAUGUAAUAUGUCUAUGAAGUUUUUUAAACAUAUAAUAUGUUUUCUAUGUAUAUUAUUGAGAUUAAAAUGACCAUUCUUGUAAAAUAAUUUAGUAUGUUCAAUUCAUUCAUUCGUCAUAGAUAGAAAUUCCACAUUAAAGUAUAUAGAAAUAGAAAUUAUGUUAGAAAAUAGAAUCAUAGAUCAAACCAAAAUUAGAACUCAUUGUGUCAUGGUAAUACAACGAAAUUUUUUAACUAGUCUCUUAGCCUUAUUUUAUUCUGAAGCUCAUUUUUUUACUUUCCACUUUUGUUACAGCACAUUUAAAUAGUUUAAGUAUGGAUAGUGUGAAUAAUUUUAUAAGUAAAUAAUUACCAAAAUUCAGGCUCAAUGUUACAAAAUGGCUUUUGGUUUCUUGUUUGAUAAAUCUUAUAUUCCUAUAAGUUUGUGCAAGUUUAUUCAAAUUGUUGUAUUAAAAAAUAUAAAAAUAGUCACUUUUCCUGAGAUUUUUAAGGGGUAUGAAAAUUCAUAGUUCAAUUUAAUUUACCAUUAUGUUGAAUGAAGUAAGCAAAUGCCCAUACUUAUAACUUAUUAUUAUAAUUAAGUGAAUAUAUUGUGAUAAGACUGUGCUUUUCUUAAGAAACAUUUACUCAUUAACACUCUUUUAGAAUUUUUUUAUUAUUAUUUAGAAGAAAUAUGAAUACUUAUAUUAAAGUA